GUAGGAAGUGUAGUGGCUUUAACACAGACCACUGAUGAGUCAGUCAUUCAUCAGUGUGACAGGAUGGAGCUCUGUCCACUCUGUGUCAUGAUCUUGCUUACCUCACUUAUCCGAGUUGGGCAAGCUCAAGCUGGGUUUAAACCAGUUCUGACUGUGCAGCCGAAUGCAUCACAAAUAUUCAGCGGAGAGACAGUUACACUCACAUGUAAUAUUAGGGGAGGAAGUGGACUAUACUACUGGUACAAGAAUGGGGUUAAUGUUCACAGAUCUGCUGAAAAUGUCUACACUAUAAAAGUAGAUCAGAGUCACAAAUACAAAUGUUUUGGUUCUAAGUAUGGACAGUCCACGGCAUUUAGUGAUGAAGUGACUCUCUCAGUAACAGAGAGACCAAAAGCUGUUCUGACUCUGCAGCCUGAUGGACAGAUAUUCAGUGGAGAGGAAGUCACUUUCACAUGUGAAAUACGAGGACAUGCAGACACUGAGUGGAUGUACAUCUGGUAUAAAGAUGAUGUGCAACUUUUCUCCUACACUGAGAGCAGGGAAUAUUUAUUCAUUACUGCUGAGUCUUACAGCGGUAAAUACACCUGCAGUGGACAGAGAAAAAGUGACUCUCAGACCUCAGAGACCAGCAACGCUGUUACACUCACUGUGUCAGAAAAACCUAAACCUAAACUCACAUCAAGCCGUGAAGCAGCUGUACUGACAGGAAACUCAGUGAUUCUGUACUGUACACUGUGGCUGCAGUCUGCUGGAUGGAAGUUUUACUGGACCAAACCCACACAGAGCACUGAGACUGAGACUGAAACACACCACUACUUCAUCAGCUCAGUUAGAGUCUCUGAUGGAGGUCAGUACAAGUGCAGAGCUGGAAGAGGAAACCCAGUUUACUACACACACUACAGUGAUGCACUCUGGGUAAAUGUUACUGAGAGUCCUAAAGCUGUGGUGACUAUAAAGCCUGAUAAACAUGUGUUCAGAGGAGAGACUGUGACUCUCAGAUGUGAAAUUCAGGGAGGAGGAGACACUGAGUGGACAUACAGCUGGUAUAAGAACAAUUACACACAAUACCCCAGAACACAGGAGCUCAGCAUCAGCUCAGUUAGAAAUUAUGACAGUGGUACAUACACCUGCAUAGGGAGGAAGAGCAGUGACUAUCAGAGCUCAGAGAUCAGUGAUGCUGUUCCACUCACUGUAUCAGAUGCAGCAGAAGCAGUAGUGCAUGUGUCUCCACUGAGCUGGCUGACUGAAGGAGACUCAGUGACUCUAAGCUGUGAGGUUAAACACUCCUCUACAGGUUGGACAUUCAGCUGGUACACAGAGAUUCCCUACAGAGACAGUCAGGGUUCCCUCAGGUUCAAUACAGUGCUCCUCUCAGACAGCAGCAGAGGAUCUGGAGGCUCCUACACUCUCAGUCCAGUUACUCUGAAUCACACAGGAGUUUAUAUGUGCAUAGCAGAGAGAGGAGAACGAGUCUUUUACUCAAAGUACAGCAACAUAAAGCCACUGUGGAUCACUGGUAAAUCUCCUCCAGUGUCUCUGAUCAUCAGUCCCAGCAGAACUCAACACUUUACUGCUGAGUCUCUCUCACUGAGCUGUGAGGACCAGAGUGACUCUACUGGAUGGACAGUGAGAGGAUACACACACAGCGAGACAUUGUUCGAUUGUUCAUCAGUUUCAGGAUCUACAUGUAACAUCAGCUUCCUCUCUACAUCACACACUGGAGUUUACUGGUGUCAGUCUGAAUCUGGAGGACGCAGUAAUCCUGUCAACAUCACAGUGCACAGGGCUCAAAGGUAUUUGGACAAUUGACUGAUAAGAAGUUAAUUGACCUUGUGCGGUCCAUUCCCUUGUUACUCCAAGACAAAUGAAGCAGAUAAAAGGUCUGGAGUUGAUAUCAGGUAUUGAGUUGGCAUUUGGCAGCUGUUCGACUGGAGCUACCAACAUGAAGUCCAAGGAGAUCUCAAUGCAAGUGAAGAAGGCCAUCAUUAAGCUGAAAAAACAACAUAAAUCUAUAAGAGAGAUAGCAAAAACCUUAGGUGUGGCCAAAUCAACAGUUGGGUACAUUCUUAAAAAGAAAGAAAGCACUGGUGAGCUCAACAUCGAAAGGCCUGGAAGACCACGGAAGACGACUAAAGUGGAUGAUCGCAGAAUCCUUUCCUUGGUGAAGAAAAACCCCUUCACAACAUCAACAGAAGUCAAGAAUACUCUGGAGAAGGUAGGCGUAUCAUUGUCAAAAUCAAUCAAGAAACACCUUCAUGAAUAUAAAUACAGAGGGUUUACAACAAGGUGCAAACCACUGGUAACAUUCAAGAAUAGGAGAGCCAGAUUAGACUUUGCCAGAAAACAUCUAAAAAAAGCCUCCCAUCUUCUGGAAUAAGAUUCUUUGGACUGAUGAAAUGAUGGGAAGAGAAAAGUAUGGCAAAAGAAAGGAACAGCUCAUGAUCCAAAGUAUACCACAUCAUGUGUCAAACAUGGUGGAGGCAGUGUUAUGGCAUGGGCAUGUAUGGCUGCCAAGCUAUACUCUCUGCUCACAUUCAGCCAAAUGCUACAAAACUGAUAGGAUGCCGCUUCACAGUGCAGGUGGAUAAUGACCCUAAACAUACUGUGAAAGCAACUCAAGACUUUUUGAAGGCAAAGAAAUGGAAUAUUCUUCAAUGGCCAAGUCAGUUGCCUGAUCUCAACCCAAUAGAGCAUGCUUUUCACUUACUGAAGACAAGACUGAAGGCAGAAAGACCCACAAACAAGCAGCAACUGAAGGUGGCUGCAGUGAAGGCCUGGCAAUGCAUCUCCAGGGAGGAAACUCAGAAUAUGAGUUUUGAGAACAUGGGCUCCAGACUUCAGGCAUUGAUUGACUGCAAAUGAUUUUCAUGCAAGUAUUAAAAUGAUGGUUAUAUUUACAAUUAUGUCACUUUGUCCAAAUACCUUUGAACGCCUGAAAAUGGAGGUACUUUGUUGAAAAUGGCUGUAAUUCCUAAAUGGUAAAUGCCAUAUUUUUGUGGAACCUCUUAAAAUAAAGCUGAAAGUCUAUAUAUAGUGUAUAUAUGUGUAUAAAGGCAAAAUCACAAAAACUCUGUCAUUGUCCAAAUACUUCCUGAUCUGACUGUAUAUAUAUAAUACAUUUAGUUCCAUGAGGUAAGUUAUCACUGUUAUUCCCUGUUAUCACUUACAUUACAGUGCUUAUAAAUAGUCAUUUUUUCACCAGCCUCUCUCUUUUCUUUCUCUGAAGUUAAUAAGACAAAAAGGCAGCUUGUCAUAUUAUUGAGAAACCAGUCAGUGAAAACUCCUCUGUUCCAAAGACUUUUCCCAUGGCUGAAAUCUUACUGACUGUUUCAAAGUAAAUAUACAGUAUUAUUUAAUCAGAUUAUUUUUUUCUCCUUAGACUAUGUGGUGUGCUUACCAUACAAGUCCAUGUGUAUGAGCUGUUGAUGGUAGAACAAGUACAUUAAUUCAAAUCACAGGUUUAUAUUAUACACAGAUUCAGGAAUUCAGCAGCUCUGUUGUAUGAAAAAAAUAACCAUGGUCAAUGUAGUAUUUUUGCAUGUACAGUAUGAUUUGUGUAUAUGUGAGUCUUGUAUUUAUUAGGGCCUCGUACUUCACUUUACACAAGAUUAUAAUUAUUAUUU